AUGAGCUCCAUUAAAGUCUAUUAUACCAGCGUGUCUGGAUCCAGGGAGGUGAAGCAGAGACAGGAAGAAGUUACCGGAAUUUUAGAUAUUUACCAAAUAAAGUAUGAAUUAAUAGAUAUUUCUGUCAGUUUGAAAGUACUUCAAGAAAUGAGGAUGAAAGUUUCCACUUGUGGAAUAAGAGAUCUUGAAAUGUUUCACAAGGCAAAGGAGAACAAAGAGAUUCUGAAAUUCCUCAAGAUGGAAUGA